GACUGGAGCAACAGAAUAGAAAGAAGAUGCUGAGCAGUAUUACAUUAUGGGGUUGAAUCUCUGGCACCGAGUGCCUCGGCAAAGCAUACUUUGAAAAAAGACAAAUCCAACCUUCAAUAUGAAGCUGAUUUGGAUUAAUCUAGGCUUCAUCUUCUUCUUCAUCCUCUCCAUUAUCAUGACUGGAUGUUUUAUUUGGCAGUAUAAGCUUCCCAAGGCCAAACCAGUGGCUGAAAUAAAAGUCCAAGAGGUGAACGAAGAGAAAUUGUGCCCUCGUUUCCCAGAGCCUGUGCCGCUGAAGCACCCAAUACCUGUCCUAAUGGAGGCUCUGGAAAAGGUGGAUUCUCUUUUGAGGACCAGCAUUGAUGUAACAACACUACCAGCAAUUUCAUGCAUUGUCAUUUAUAAUGACUCAGUGUUGUGGAAUGGGAACUUUGGCAGAAGAAAUAGAAGUGACCCAAGGUCUUUACCACCAAAUGAGUACACAGUCUAUAGAAUUGCCGCUUUGUCUACCAUCUUCCCCACGCUGAUGCUAUACAAGUUGUGGGAGGAUGGUAAAGUGAAGUCCUUGGAUGACACACUAGAAAAGUAUGUAAAGAACUUCACCAUAAAGAACCCAUUUGUAAAAGAGACAGACACCGAGUUAAAAUCUCUUCCUAAUGGGGCAGCAUUUACAAGAAAUGGCAAAACACAAUUCCAUUCCUCUAUCACUCUCAGGAGGAUGGCCAGUCAACUAUCAGGAUUGCCUAGGCAACUUAGAGGGACCAGUCUACUCUGGAAAGGCCAGACUUACGAGGCAAUAGAUUUAUUGCAAGAUGAUAUAAUUGUGGCAGACCCUGGAACAACGUGCCAUUACAGUAGCCUGGCCUUCUCCUUGCUGGCCCAUGUUAUGGCAGACAAGGUGACAGGAACUGAUUACGAGAGCUGGGUAUCCAAAUAUAUCCUCGAACCAUUAGGCAUGGAGGAUACAGGCUUUAACAUCACUACAGAGAUUAAGAAAGAGAUGGCAGUAGGGGUUUACCCAAGUGGCCAUCCCACACCUCUUAAUGACCUUGACCUAGGCUGGUAUCGACCCUCGGGACAGAUGUACUCUACCACAGCUGACAUGGCCAAGCUGAUGAUGGUUCUCCUGGGGGCUUAUAAGCAUCAAGUGCUCCGGGAGGACACACUGAAAACCAUGCUGACACCCAUUUUGCACUGUGACACCAGCUACCAAACAGGCACACCAUGGGAAGUUUAUGAUCAGCUGGGAUAUGAGAUUAUCCGUAAAGAUGGAGCUCUCGAUGGCUAUUCAGCUGUCUUCUCUUUUGUACCGCACCUUAACCUGGGGUUGGUCAUUCUGAUGUCCGGGACUAAACCUGCUGAUGAAGAUCUUGUAUCCAAAUCCUACAGUCAUCUCAUCCCUGCUAUGGAGAGGGCAUUCAGGGAUGCACCACAAGUCCUUGUACCUCCUCCUGAUCCAGCUCCCUAUAUGGGCCUUUUCACCUACAGUAACAUGACCUUCUAUGAAAUUAAAGCAGGCUCUAAUGGCCUAUUGUCAAUGCAGCAGUUUGGGCCACCUGUGGAAAAAAUGGUCCCUUUGAAGUAUAGCACUUGGAAGCUGAGCUUUUUAGAGGAGAGAGUGUUCAAGGUGGUGUUUGAGAAGGAGUACCCAUGUCGGCUGAGGAUCAGGAACACUUCUAUUUCAAUGGAGUUUCAGGACAGGCAGCUGUUUAACUUUUAUGUGUUCAACGAGAAUGGCCUUGCGCCUGGAUUUGACGUGCCGGGCCUGAACACAUACAAUGUCAUGCGAAUAUCACGCAGACCGAUUUUCACCAGUUAAGGGGAU